AAUUGGCAAUGUGGCAAUAUGCUGCUUAUUCUGGUGGUGGUGGGACGGUGGGAUUUCUUGACAGAGGUUGAAGUUGACAAUGAGAACUGGAGAAGCAGACCUGUCAGUGAACUUGAUGAUGAGGAAAUCUGUCCAGUAAUAAUGCGGCUCCAGUGGAGUGGUCAUAAAGAAGAGUGGUCUUCAAGCAACAACAUGCGCCGCAGUCCAGCGUCAUCAACAUUGUUCAAUUUUUGCUCAGAAUUGAGCAAUUUUCGAUAAGUUAUUCAAAACUGAACUAAAUUUGAUAUAAUUUGAAAUGUUCAAGAUUUCUGCAUUCGCCGUCCUUCUUCUUCUGAUCCCAGCACUCUGCAAAGUGACCAUGUCCUCAGGAGAACCAUCCACAAUUUCACCGCUGAUUAAUGGCACAGGGGUGGAUGAUGGUGGUGGUGGUGAAAAUCAAGGCCCCGGAUUUCUGACCGGCUUCAUAUCCUCACUCGAGGUCACCAUCCUUUCAGAACUUGGAGACAAUUCCUUCUUCAUUUCCCUCGUUCUCGCCAUGAGACAUUCGCGAAUCGUCGUGUUCAUCGGAGCCAUGUCGGCCUUCUUCUUCAUGACCAUUUUCACGGCGUUGUUUGGCUUGGUGUCCACCCUGAUUCCACGCAUGUACACGUACUAUCUCUCAAUCGUGAUAUUUACGUGCUUUGGAGUCAAAAUGCUUCAUGACGGCUUCACCAUGAAAAAGACGAGAGACGUGGAUGAACAGAUUCAGCAAGUUGACGACGACAUGAAAGCCGAGGAUGAAGAUGAGGACGAAGAAGCAAGUGUGCCCAUGACUGAGGUGGCAGCUGCAGGAGUGGAAAAGAAUAAAACCUCCGACUCUGAAGAUUCUGGGUGUUGUACACCUCUGGAUGGCGACCCCAUCACUGCGCCACCUCCGACCUCGGGUGACGAUGGGAGCACCACUACGUCAGCCCUCCAGAGCGUCCAAGAGGAAGAACUGGACAAGGGCGCAGUUACGCUUCCCAAGAAGAAGGACCCGACCAAGAAAAAGAAGAGGAGCGGAUUACGGAAGUUUUGGCGUUCGAAACGUUGCCACGUGUACCUUCAAGCUCUGACCAUGACAUUUCUAGCCGAGUGGGGAGACAGGUCGCAGUUGGCGGUCAUUGUGAUUGCUGCGACGGAGAAUAUUUGGGGGACGUGCGUCGGAUGUCUGCUGGGUCAUGCCAUUUGUUGCAGUAUUGCUGUCGUGGGGGGCAGACUAAUUGCCAAAAAAAUCUCCGUCAAAACUGUUACGAUAAUCGGGGGGAUAAUGUUUUUGGGAUUCGCAAUAAUCUCCUUAAUUUUCUUGAAACCGUCGACUUGACAUUUAUUUCGUGAUGCUGCACAAAAGUACAAACUUUUUGAAGUACAAAAAUGGGUGUCAUCCAGGGCUAAAGACACGCUCAACCAAGAAAAUGGUCAGUCUGGCACUGAUAAACUAAUUACCUCUUAGUUUUAAUGGUACUAUUUACUACUUUCAUAAUUUUUGUAAUACAACAUGUAUGUAACACAAUACACGUUCAGAUUAGAUUAGUCUCUUCUUACGUUACUUUUGUAUCUUGAUAACAUGGUCAGAAAAGAGAAGAGUAAACAACCCGUUCGGAAUCUUGACUUUA